GUAGUAAAACACUCCCCCAUCCGUUCCUUGCUGCUGUGGACUCUGGGCAGCCGGGGUCGGUGAAGGAUCUCAAGAUGGCUGGGCGAAAACUUGCUCUAAAAACCAUUGACUGGGUAGCUUUUGGGGAGAUCAUACCCCGAAACCAGAAGGCCAUUGCUAACUCCCUGAAAUCUUGGAAUGAGACACUUACCUCCAAGUUGGCUACUCUCCCUGAGAAACCCCCUGCUAUCGGCUGGGCUUACUACAAGGCCAAUGUGGCGAAGGCUGGCUUGGUAGAUGACUUUGAGAAGAAGUUCAAUGCCCUGAACAUUCCUGUGCCAGAGGAUAAAUACACUGUUCAGGUGGACGCUGAAGAAAAAGAAGAUGUGAAAAGUUGUGCUGAGUUUUUGUCUCUCUCAAAGGCCAGGAUUGUGGAAUACGAAAAACAGCUGGAGAAGCUAAGGAACAUAAUUCCGUUCGAUCAGAUGACCAUUGAGGACCUGAAUGAAGCCUUCCCAGAAACCAAAUUAGACAAGAAGAAGUAUCCCUAUUGGCCUCACAAGCCAAUCGAAAACUUAUAAACUUGAGGUGGGGAAAGAGCUCUGGCCCUCGUAUUAUAAACGCUGGACAUUAAAAAUAA